AUGCUGCGGCGGGCGGGUCACAGCCUCGGCAGCAGGCUCUGCCAGAGGCAGGGCCAGCUCGAGCCUGCGGUGCAGGGACUGAAGCCCAGCUUCGCUGUCGCAGAGGAGGCCGUCGAGGGAGCUCGCGAUGCCUCCACCCUGCUCGUGAAGCAGCGCAUGAAGUCGGUGGCCAACAUCGGCAAGAUCACCAAGGCCAUGAAGAUGGUGGCCGCCUCCAAGAUGCGAUCGGCGCAGGUGAACACCAUGAACUCCCGGGGUAUCGCUGAGCCCCUCCUGAAGCUGCUGGGCGACCUGCCCGAUGCCCAGGGCAAGAAGAACGUGUACGUGCCCAUCACCUCCGACAAGGGGCUGUGCGGCGGCAUCAACACCACGGUGUGCAAGUACACGCGUGCCAGCAUCAAGGCCGAGGACGGCGAGGACAAGGAGCACUCCAUCGUGGUGCUGGGGGAGAAGGGGCGCAGCCAGCUCCAGCGUGACCUGCGCGCCUCCAUCCACUCCACGGUGGCGGACACGGGGAAAGUGCGCGUGACCUUUGCCCAGGCCGCCGCCAUCGCCGACGGCAUCAACACCACCGAGUUCGACGUGGCGCGCCUCAUCUUCAACCGCUUCCACAGCGCCAUCUCCUACAAGCCCACCAUCGCCACCUCCCUGGAGAAGGAGGCCGAGGCCGGCGGCCUGCUGGACCAGUACGAGAUUGAGGGCCCUGACCGCGCGGAGCUGCUGCAGAACCUGUCCGAGUUCAACCUGGCCUCCACGCUGUACAACGCGCUGAUGGAGAACAACUGCAGCGAGCAGGCGUCGCGCAUGGCGGCCAUGGAGUCCUCCACCAAGAACGCGGAGGAGAUGCUGGGCAAGCUGACGCUGACCUACAACCGCACGCGCCAGGCCACCAUCACCACCGAGCUGAUCGAGAUCAUCUCGGGCGCCACCGCGCUCGCCGGCUGA